CCUCUGCGCGUGUCGCACACCCGUCUCUCUCUCUAAAAACUCAUGGAGACGACUAUUAUCUGCUAUUUCGGCCUCGGCCGAGCUGUAAACAAAGCACACUGAUAAAGCAAAAAAAGAAAGAACAAGAAGAAACGAACUUGACGGUGCGGUACUUUUGCGAAACGGUGCGUUUUACAGUAUGGAGGAAGAGAAGGAGAAAGAGAGUGGAGCUGAUGUGGUGAGGAGCUUGAUCGAGAUGGUCAACGACAUAUCGUCGAUCUCAGAGUACAGGUGUACGGUCAAGAAGCACUACUGCAAUUUGGCGAGGAGGUUGAAGCUGUUGAUCCCUCUGUUUGAGGAGAUUAGGGAUACAAAAGAGUUGGUUGUACCUGAAGAGACUGUGGAGGCUCUGAAGUCGUUGAGGGAAGCGCUUGAAUCGGCUAAGGAAUUGCUCAGAUUCGGUUGCGAAGGGAGCAAGAUCUACUUGGUCCUAGAGAGGGAGAAAAUUAUGAAUAAAUUUCACGAGGUGACAGCUCAACUGGAACAAGCUUUGAAUGGAAUUUCCUAUGAAAAUCUGGACAUAUCAGAUGAAGUUAAGGAACAGGUUGAACUUGUCCUUGCUCAGUUCAGAAGAGCCAAAGGAAGGGUUGAUGCUCCCGAUGUUGAGCUGCAUGAGGAUCUCUUGUCCCUUUACAACAAGAGCAAUGAUGCAGCAACAGAUCCAGCUGUCCUAAGGAGAUUGGCUGAUAAGUUACAAUUGAUGGGGAUAGUUGAUCUUACACAGGAGUCGCUAGCUUUGCAUGAGAUGGUUGAUGCCAGUGGAGGAGAUCCUGGGGAGAGCAUUGAAAAGAUGUCAAUGCUGCUAAAGAAAAUCAAGGAUUUUGUGCAAACAGAAAACCCUGACAUAGAAGCUUCUGCAGGAGAAAAAGGUAAUCCUUCAAGCUGCAGUGGACAAGUAUCCAGCGACAAAAAUUUUAAGGCCCCAGUUAUACCAGUUGAUUUCCGCUGUCCAAUAUCGCUGGAGUUGAUGAAGGAUCCUGUCAUUGUUUCAACAGGGCAGACCUAUGAACGUGCAUGCAUUGAGAAGUGGCUGGAUGCAGGGCAUGGGACAUGUCCAAAGACACAACAGAUCCUUGCUAACACUGUCCUGACACCCAACUAUGUUUUACGUAGUCUCAUAGCCCAGUGGUGUGAGGCAAAUGGCAUUGAACCACCAAAAAGACCCAGUAGUACUAGACCCAGUAAAACAACAUCUGCCUGUUCACCUGCUGAACGUACUAAGAUUGAAAGUCUUUUACGCAAGCUCACAUCCAACAACCCAGAAGACCAGCGAUCUGCUGCGGGUGAGAUCCGCCUUCUUGCCAAGCGUAAUGCAGAUAACCGUGUAGCCAUUGCUGAAGCUGGGGCAAUCCCCCUCCUUGUUGGUCUCCUUUCCACAUCUGACUCCCGUACCCAAGAGCAUGCUGUUACGGCACUGCUUAAUCUCUCCAUCUGUGAGGAUAACAAAGGAAGCAUAAUAUCCUCUGGGGCAGUUCCUGGUAUAGUUCAUGUGCUGAAAAAGGGGAGCAUGGAAGCUCGGGAAAAUGCAGCAGCUACCCUUUUCAGCCUUUCUGUUGUGGAUGAAAAUAAGAUUACAAUUGGUGCUUCAGGAGCCAUCCCACCACUUGUGACAUUACUGAGUGAAGGAACCCAAAGGGGUAAGAAGGAUGCUGCAACAGCACUCUUCAACUUGUGCAUUUUCCAAGGGAACAAGGGAAAGGCAGUGAGGGCUGGUGUUGUUCCCACACUGAUGCGGCUGCUAACUGAACCAGGAGGAGGAAUGGUGGAUGAGGCACUAGCCAUUUUAGCAAUAUUGGCUAGCCAUGCUGAAGGUAAAGCUUCCAUCGGAUCUGCGGAGGCAGUGCCGGUUUUGGUAGAGGUUAUUGGGAAUGGAUCCCCCAGGAAUAGAGAGAAUGCAGCUGCAGUUUUGGUGCACCUUUGUGCUGGUGACCACCAACAUCAUCUUGCAGAGGCCAAAGAGCUUGGAGUGAUGGGUCCACUGGUGGAUUUGGCACAAACUGGCACAGAAAGGGGCAAGCGAAAGGCUGCACAGUUGAUAGAGCGUAUGACUAGGUUUGUUGAGCAACAGAAGCAGGCUCAGGUACUAGCUGAGGCUCAAGCUCAAGCUCAAGCUCAGACCCAGCAGUCAGCAGCCACAGCCAUCCUCCACAGUGAAGUCGGAGGAUAGCUGAGGAUUUUGUUUUCACUUGUUGACAUUUGUUUUUGUUCAUCUUAUUCUACCUUUAUUUCUUUGGUUCUUUUAAAGUAAUUGAAAGAGGCGGCUUUGCUUCGGAGGGAAAGGUGGAAGAUCACCUACACCCCUGUCUGUAAGUUAUUCAUUUGUUUUUGUGGGACGAGGACCUUAUUUUGAAGAGAUUAUUCAGAGUGCCUUCAAUAGGGGAAAGGGGGAAAAAAAAGAAAAGGAAGAAAAGGGCAGAGAUGUAUCUGACACUUGUGAAAUGUACCAUUGUAACAUGUACGACUGUAUCUGUAAUCAUCCUCGGUUUUUAAUGAAGAGAUGUUUCCUGUAGUAUUCAAACCAAA